CACCGUCGCAGAGUAUUUUGCAGAGAAGAAGCUUCACUUGGCUCCAUCUCCCCCCCUCUCUCUCUCUCUCUAUAAUGGCGUUUUCGCGUGUUGAAAUCUUUGGGUUUUUCUGUGUUGGGGUUUUAAUGGUGGGUCUGACCAGCGCCGCCACGGCGAGAUUUGACGACCUUUUUCAGCCCACCUCGGCGACUGACCAUUUACUCGUUGAGGGAGAUGUUCUCAGGAUGAAGCUCGAUAGCUUUUCCGGCGCUGGGUUUCAAUCCAAGAGUAAAUAUAUGUUCGGAAAAGUCACUGCUCAAAUCAAGCUUGUUGAGGGUGAUUCAGCCGGAACUGUUACCGCCUUCUAUAUGUCAUCGGAUGGGCCAAAGCACCAUGAAUUUGAUUUUGAGUUUCUGGGUAACACUUCCGGUGAACCCUAUCUGGUUCAAACAAAUGUGUACGUCAAUGGCGUGGGCAACCGGGAAGAAAGAGUGAAUCUUUGGUUUGACCCAACUAAGGACUUCCAUCGCUACUCCAUUGUCUGGACUAGUCGCAAAGUUCUGUUUGUGGUGGAUGACACGCCGAUCAGAGUGCACUCUAAUCUGGAGGCGAAGGGUAUUCCGUUCCCGCGCGACCAAGCCAUGGGGGUUUACAGCUCGAUAUGGAACGCCGACGAUUGGGCCACGCAAGGGGGGCGCGUUAAGACCGACUGGAGCCACGCGCCGUUCGUUGCGUCCUACACCGGCUUCGAGAUCGACGCGUGUGAAUGCGCCGCCGCCAACACCAACGCCGCCGCGAAUUAUACGAGCCAGUGUAGCAGUAGUAACGAGAAGCGGUUCUGGUGGGACGAGCCGACGGUGUCGGAGCUGAGCGUGCACCAGAGCCACCAGCUCAUAUGGGUUCGGGCUAACCAUAUGGUGUACAAUUAUUGCGCCGAUACCGCUAGAUUCCCGGUUGCGCCGGUGGAGUGUCAGCACCACCGCGCCUAGGCUGCCGUACGGCUCGGCUCAAUCGUUAUCCGUUGUAAAAACAACAUAAGGAUUUAGACAUGUUCUCCAUGUUACAUAUUUUUGUUCCACCUCGUAGUUUGUAAACUAUCGUCUCUUUAUCAAUGCUACUAAAAUUAAUGAAAAAUAGCCUCGAAACUUAACGUA